AUGCCACGUCCCACGCUGCCGCCCACGCCGGCAUCCUCAACAGACAUAAAGGGCCAAGAUGGCUCCAAGGACCUGGCCUCGCUACAGCUGGCUUUCGAAUUGCCCCCGGCAGCCUUGACGCAAGACGCCUCGAGAGUCUCGCCUACCGACACGAGGACAUCCCCCCACUCCGGCUUCCAACCCAUCUCUCCCUCCAAGGUCACUCCGUACCCCGUACAGCCCGCUGAAGCAGUCAAGUCCCGGCGGAGGUCUUCGGCCGCCCAGAAGGUUGCGAACGAGAACUUUGCCCUUCCCCCUCCGCCCACGAGGUCCCGCAAGAUUAUUCAGAUGAAGCCCCGGCCGCAGGAGGAGCCGGAGGAGGCUCCCGCCAGCACCAAGUCAUCAGGCCCGGCGAAAGCCGCUGCGUCCACGAAGGAGCAGUCUAAGAAGAAGCAGCCGUCGGCGACGAGCGCGGCAGGGCGGAAGAUUGCGAGGAAGACGGCGCACAGCUUGAUUGAACGUCGCCGCCGGUCUAAAAUGAACGAGGAGUUUGCUGUGCUGAAGGGUAUGAUCCCGGCAUGCACCGGAGAGAUGCACAAGCUGGCUAUUCUGCAAGCCUCUAUCGAAUACGUCAGAUACCUCGAAGACUGCGUCGCCAAGCUAAAGGCCCAGCGGGACGUGUCCGAGGGGGUCUCCCCCACCGAGUCCGGCCUGCAGACCCCGUCGGGCCGCGAUCCGUGGGGCUCCCUACCGCAGUUCGUCCCGAAGUACCAACAGGAACCCGACGACGUCGAAAUGACCGGUUCCGAGGCCCCGUCACCCACCUUCCCCGCCCAGCACUCCCGGUCCCAGCAGCCGUCGGUAUCGCCGUCCCCCGCGCUGCUCGCACAGGACCCGAGGCACCGUCACGAUUCGUACUCGUCUGCGUCGACGGACCAACGCCACUACAGCUACAGCGCAUCGUCGGCGACGACGUCACCGGCCUUUGGUCCACAGCAGUAUCCCUACCCCCACGGCAUCGCCUCGGGCUCGCUCUCGACGCUUACCAGCCCUGCGCUCGCGCCGCAGCGGGAUCUCGACCAGGAGGCGACGGCCGCCCUGUUGAUGCUGAACAACGACAGGAGAGGUACCGUGAGCGGUGACGGCACCAAUAAUUCACGCGGCGCUGGGCGUGGCAUGUCAGUGAGGGACCUGUUGAGCACUUGA